AUGUCCAACCAAAUCACUGUGACCGAGUUCCUUCUCCUGGGAUUCUCUGACAUUUGGGAGCUGCAAAUUUUGCAUUUCAUGCUGUUUCUAGCGAUUUACCUGGCAGCCCUGACUGGGAAUCAUCUCAUCAUCACAGCCAUAGCUCUCAACCACCAUCUUCAUACACCCAUGUAUUUCUUCCUGAACAAUCUGUCCAUCCUAGACCUUAGCUCAAUCUCCAUUGUCGUCCCCAAGUCCAUAGCCAAUUCCCUCAUGAGCACCAGGGCCAUUUCGUAUUAUGGAUGUGCCGCCCAAUACUUUCUCUUCCUUUUCUUCACUGCAGCUGAGCUUCCCUUACUAAUCAUCAUGGCGUACAACUGGUACAUUGCCAUCUGCCAACCACUGCACUGCAAGUCAAUGAUGAAAAGGAGAGCUUGUGUCCAAAUGGCAGCCAGUACCUGGAUCAGUGUGGUUCUCAAUUCUGCACUGCACACUGGAAACACGUUUGCAAUAAUCUUCUGUGGAGACAAUGAGAUGGAGCAGUUCUUCUGUAAAAUCCCCCAGCUCCUCAAACUUGCUUCCUAUGACUCAUAUCUCAGUGAAACUGGGGUUAUUGCCUUUAGUGUAUACUUUGCCUUAAGCUACUUUGUUUUUAUAAUUGUGUCUUAUGUACUGAUCUUGAAAAUAGUGCUGGGAAUCCCCUCUGAGCAGGGCUGGCAUAAAGCCUUCUCCGCCUGCAUCCUUCACGUCAUUGUGGUCUCUGUGUUUGUUUGCACUGCUAGUUUUGCCUAUAUUAAACCCACCUCCAGCUCAAUCUCAGGUCUGGACCACAUGGUGGCUGUUGUGUAUUCCGUGGUGCCUUCCAUGAUUAAUCCGAUCAUUUAUAGCAUGAGGAACAAGGAUAUCAGUGCUGCCCUGUGGAAAAUGAUUGGGUCAAGGCUAUUCUCCAAAAAAUAA